UAGACGAUGAUAUAAUUAUUGUGUCUGGAUGAACUAUCCCUUUAAGUUGCUAGUUAAAUUACACCUCCAGUCAGUGGUUGUGUAUAGUCGGACUCGGUACAUAAGUGUCUGUGAAGGGGUGACGUCAGAGGUGGAGAUGUCAUGGCGUUGUCGGAGCUGAGACUGGAGCUUGCCAUCUAGUUAAAGGUUGUCGUAGAUGCGUUCAACGAAAUGGAGAAGAAUGCAAACCCUCAUCGAGACGCGGGAGGAAGUGUCCUGUGCACCGCUAUCCCCGCAGAACCCGCGGACAUCAAAACAGUGGGCGGAAUGAAAGAUGUCUGCGAGAAGAGAGAGACUCUGACUACUUGUGCAAGUGCUAGCGGUGCUAAUGCUACACCCUGCACACAGACAUCAGAUGCUACUGAGACCGUGAGCAAAAGCGGACAGCCGAACGUUUUACCACAGACGCCGUCGCCCGGUGCAGCGGAUCAGCUGAGUAACGGGAUGGGACACGAACCGUCGAUGACCGCUGCUGGGAAUAAAGAGGGUGGCAUCUCAAAGUUAGUAAACAGCCCCACGGGAGAGCAACCCGACGCCAAGAAUGUGCAGGCGGACGGUUUGGAUGGAGGGGCGCAAAAAGCGACGGAGCUGGCCAAGCCUGUUUAUUUGUGUGCGGACAAAUUAAAAUCUGCGAGCUCGAAUUCAAACGAUCACACCGUUUCCGAGGGUCCUCCGAGCGGGAGUGAGCCCAGCAUCGCGGGAGAGUCCCGCAGCUUUGAUUCACUGGAGUCCUUCUCCAAUCUGAACUCCUGCCCGAGCUCAGACCUCAUCAGCGAAGGGCUGGAGGACAAGGGACUGGCUUUGGCAAUUGAAUACGGGGCUGAUGGAACGAAAAUCCCCUGUCCGAAAGACAGGGUGACCGGUCAGUCGUUGUACCACAUCAAGUGGAUCAAGUGGAAGGAGGAGAACACGCCUAUCAUCACACAGAACGAGAACGGCCCGUGUCCGCUGCUGGCUAUUAUGAAUGUCCUGCUAUUGUCAUGGAAGGUCAAGCUGCCACCAAUGAUGGAGAUAAUAACAGCAGAGCAGCUGAUGGAAUAUCUAGGAGACUAUAUCCUUGACGCAAAGCCAAAAGAGAUCUCGGAGGCUCAGCGGCUGAACUAUGAACAGAAUAUGAGUGAUGCUAUGGCAGUGCUGCAUAAACUGCAGACAGGUCUGGAUGUAAACGUUAAGUUCACAGGUGUGCGGGUAUUCGAAUACACACCCGAGUGCAUUGUCUUUGACCUGCUGGAUAUCCCACUCUACCAUGGAUGGCUGGUUGACCCACAGAUGGCUGAUAUAGUCAAGGCAGUGGGAAACUGCAGCUAUAACCAGUUGGUAGAGAAGAUAAUCAGCUGUAAACAGUCAGACAACAGCGAGCUGGCUGGGGAAGGUUUUGUGGCAGAGCAGUUUCUGAACAGCACAGCGACUCAGCUAACAUACCACGGCCUGUGUGAGCUCACUUCUACUGUAGAAGAGGGAGAACUGUGUGUCUUCUUCAGGAACAAUCACUUCAGCACCAUGACCAAAUUUAAGGCCCAGCUGUACCUGCUGGUGACGGAUCAGGGGUUUCUCACUGAGGAGAAGGUGGUCUGGGAAAGUCUGCAUAAUGUCGACGGAGAUGGAAACUUCUGCGACUCAGAGUUUCAUCUGAGGCCACCCUCUGACCCGGAAACUGUGUACCGUGGUCAGCAAGACCAGAUCGAUCAGGACUACUUGAUGGCGCUGUCUCUGCAGCAGGAACAGCAGGCCUCAGACCUGGGUUGGGAACAGAUCCCAGAAGGCAUCAGUGAUCUAGAGCUGGCCAAGAAGCUGCAGGAGGAGGAGGACCGCAGAGCUUCACAGUACUAUCAGGAGCAGGAACAGGCACAGGCAGCAGCGGCGGCGGCUGCACAGGCACAGGGACAACAACCAGCAGUGGAUGCCGACCAGGUGGAUAAAGUAGCAGCUGCUGGAGCCUCAGCGGGGGGAGCCAUGGCUUCUCCAAGCCCUGGAAAACAGCCUUUAACGGGGGAACGCAAACCCAAGAAGGAAGCCAAGGACAAAGACAAAUGCAUCUUGUUGUAACAGCGGUGGCCUCUACGUGGAGUUUGAAAUGGGCAGCAGUUUAAUUCCAGUGGCUCUGCAAUGCAUCUCCCAGCCUGAGGUGGAGAAAGAUUAGACGACAGAGAUGAAGUGUGAUAGACGGAGAGGACUUGCCAUUCUCAAGCCACUUGUGCCUGACUUUAACCCUCAGAGUUCUGAAGAUGCAGACAAGAAGAGAGGGGUGUCACUACAAGGACUAUCACUACAUCUUUCGUAGAGCUGGCCAAAUGUUCUCAGCAGGAAAACCACUUCAGUGCACUACUUUGUGUGGGUUCACCAGGAAGUUUUUUUGUUGUUGUUUUUAGUAAAACAAGGUAAUGCACACAUAGCAGUAGUCAAAAAGACCCCCCCCCCAUGGCACUACUUUUUUUCAUUAUACAAAGCGUUUUCUUUUUUGUGAAUUUCCGUUAUUUGCUGUUGUUUAUAAGCUAUUUUCUACCAGGUUGCCCCUACAUAUGCAUAUGUAAAUUUGUUGUAUUGGUCAGUUUCUUUUAUUUAACUGAAGGAUACCUGAGAUCUUUUAAUGAAUGGCCGUUCACAUGAAAAGGUAGCAAGCCAAGAGGUCAUUUGGCAAAGGUUAUGUCUCAGGACAUGAUCUAGGCCAUCAUAGUUCUUUGCCUGGCAGUUUGAUGCCAAAUUUUUCAUUGUUGAUAUUGUAGGAGAAGUGACCUCAAUUUAAGACGGUGAGAUCUUGAUGAAACAAAUGCUUUUAAAAAGGGUUUCCUUAUAAGGCAGUAUAAAAUCCAGUUUGUUAUUUAAAUGUGUCUACAAAAGAAUGUUUGGAAAUAGGACAUUAACUGUUAAUAUCAGUGAACAACUGACACUACCAUUAAUGUAAAUAGCUUUAAAAUAUCAAGAUCAGUAGAUUAUAUUAAAUUCAUGGUCAACUUUUACCUUUAAAAGUUUGGUUCAUAUUUGACUUAUAAAAUGAUUAGGAUCGUUACCAUGAAAUUUGGCAUUGCUCCGUGAACUACAGUGUUAAUUGCCCAAAAAAACGAAUGGUUCUUGUAAAGAAAUCUUAUCUUUGUUCAUAAUGGUUUGUUUUCCGCAAAUGAAAUCGGUUUUUACAAAGGGCCGAUGUUGAUAUUGAAAUAUGAAGAGCAGGUUGGCCAGUUCUUGAAAGUAAUAGCAAGAGGAAAUUUAGCACUUCUGUUAAUCGGGCAAGCUACACUGUUAUCGCCCUAUGGUGAUAGUCUGAAAAUGGACACUGGCCGAAUAGACGAGCUGACCGAUAUAUCGGCUUAUCACUAGGUCUAGCUGUAAUUUUCACACUCUUUCAUGUACAUUGUACAUACUCAUAUAUGCUAUAUGGAUGUAAGGUAGGAAAUGAUUACUUAAGCCCAUUCUGUUCCAGUGCUGCCUACUAAGAGACAAGGUCUUUUCUAUCCAAACAUUCCAGCUAAAUGCCUUGAACUGAGCAGUGUACUGAGGUUUAGGCUCAGGGAAACGCUGAAGUUGGGCUAUUUUAUCUGUUGUUCUGCUCUCACAAUGCAAGAAUGAACAACUCCUGCAUGUAGAUGAGCUUUAAGAUGGUGAAGUCAUCAGUUUUCCUGGUGGUUGACGUUACAUGCGAGCACAGAAGAUGUCGUUUAUGCUAGUCAUGGGCUGGAGCUGUUCAUUUGACAUUUGGUCCCUCAGUUGCCAAUACUCUCUGUAUAUAAAAAGCCUUACAAUAUUUACAGUAUCUUUUAUACUGACAAAAAUAGGAGAGACAAGACUGAGACAAUCUGUAGACCUUACCAUAGAUGGAAAACCACACAGGCCUUCACAGAAGGAACAUAUCCAUGAGUGUCUUGCAAACAGUUUGAAGUGAAGUGACAUUCAGCCAAGUAUGGUGACCCAUACUCAGAAUUUGUGCUCUGCAUUUAACCCAUCCGAAAUGCACACACACAGAGCAGUGAA